CUUUAUUGGUCUCAAUUGAAAGUCAGUUCGUUUUUUCUAUCACUUGAACGCGUCAAGAGGGAAACAGGUUUUUCUUUUUCUUUUUAAUUUUUUUUUUCUUUCCUUUUGUAUAAACCAACCAUGUGUAUUUUAUUUUGGACAGUUGAUAAUCAUCAUGACUAUAAAUUUAUUUUUGCAGGCAACAGAGAUGAGUUCCUAAGUCGACCCACUAAACCAGCACAUGUAUGGUUUAAAAACAAUAAAGAGGAUAAGUUUAAUAUUAUUGGUGGCACAGAUAUGGAACCUACAGCAUCAUGUGAAAAUGGAACUUGGUUAGGAAUGACGACAGAUGGGCGAUUGGCAGCUUUGACUAACUUUCGAGAAGUUAAAUAUGAAGGACGACGAUCACGUGGAGAACUCGUUAGAGACUUUUUAUUAAUGGAUAACAAUCAACAAUCAACUGUGGAAAAUUAUAUGAGUCACUUGCAACAAACGACAAGUGAAUAUGGUGGUUAUAGUUUGGUAUGUUUUGACCUACUAAAGAAUGAAAUGGCUUAUUUUAGCAAUCGAGAUGUGGAACCACAUAUUCAAUACUUGUCACCAAAACAUAUUUAUGGUCUCUCUAAUUCAGUAUUAUCGAAUCCUUGGGAGAAAGUCAAACAAGGACAAGAAGCUAUGAAAAUAUUAUUAAAAGAUGAAUCUUUAACAGAAAAACAAAUGAUUGAAAAUUUGUUUAACAUAUUACGAUCAAGUGAACCAUUCAAUGAUCCCACUAAUAUUGGACAAGUAAUGACUGAUUUCAAAGAAAGGAUUUUUAUACCCAAGUUGAAUAACAAAGAAUUAGGUAAUAAUGCAAGUUAUGCAACAAGAACAAGUACUGUGAUUCUAGUGGAUCGACAAGACAAUGUGAUUUUUGUAGAAAGAGAUUGGUUUGAAUGUAUAGAAGAUAAUUAUCAAGAAUGUAAAGUCCCAGAAACUCGGCGGUUUAUAUUUAGAUUAAAAGAAUCUCAUAUUGUUAACAAUGUAUAGUUUAUUUUUGGUUAUUCAAUAAAGAUUGUAUUUUAUUUUUU